AAACCAUUGAAACCACAAUGAAAACAUUUUCCUUUCUCAAAAUAGGCAACAUGCGGUCGGUUUUUCGAGUUAUGUACUGUAGUUUAAAACUAUUCUUUCUCCGCAGUUCAAUUCACCAAUGAGAAACCUACAGUUACACCUUACUCCCGACAGUGUGAAGCGUUCACCUGGAGGCAUUAAAAACAACUGCGUACACGGCUAGGGUUGCAAAAUGGCACGUUGCACAUGAACGUGCGCUCUCAGGCGCGAAAUGGAUGCUACUUAAAAUGAACUUUGCCAUCGUGGCACGCAUAAAUAGACACCAGCGGCACACGGUGCCGGUCUACACCAGGUAUUCCCGAAGCUCCUCAGUCACUGCAGUUUCGCAGCGGCUCUCGCACGCAAUCCCUGGAUGGGUGGUUGCCAUGGUUUCUCGGGUCACAUGCAUGGGCUUCCUGUAGCCAGCCAGCCAGCGGCAUAGAUGCUACAAAUUUCACUGCCAUUUUCAUUCAGCAGGCGGUAGAGGAGGAAGGUCUGUGUUGAAAGCACUGGGACUCGUGUGCUGCAGACAAAACCCCUGUCAGCUGCACUGCACAUUUUGGAUUGAUCUGUUUUCGGAAACUUUUCUCCCGUUUCCUCAAAUUUUAUCACUCAGGAGCCGAGCUUUAAAAACCAACAACUAGGGUGAUCGAAUUCCUGUGAUACUAUUUUGCACUUAUUUCUCCAGAGAUUGAUUAUAGGAAUGAGUAUAGAAAUCCCUGCAGGGCUGACGGAGCUGUUGCAGAGCUUUACAGUGGAGGUCUUGAGGAAUCAGCCGGGAGAUCUGCUCGAGUUUGCCCUGCAGUAUUUCACCCAGCUGAAGGAAAGUCAGAGUACAGGGGAGGCACUGGGCCAUGAGCAAAACUCGUCUUAUAGACCCGGGAAGGGAGUCAACUUUAUUGAAGAACCCAUGCAAACGGAUUCGGAAAAUGGAGAGGAGGAUGAUGAAGACGACGAGGAAUUCGUAGCCCCAGUUAUCAACAGAUUCGUAAGAAGAGCUUCAGUCUGUGCUGAAGCAUUUAACCCUGAUGAUGAGGAAGAAGACACAGAACCCAGGAUAAUUCAUCCCAAAUCAGAUGAGCAAAGACAAAGACUACAAGAGGCAUGCAAAGAUAUCCUUCUAUUCAAAAGCUUAGAUCCGGAGCAGAUGUCUCAGGUAUUGGAUGCCAUGUUUGAGAAGAUUGUGGAAACUGGUGAACAUGUAAUUGAUCAGGAUGAUGAUGGAGAUAAUUUCUAUGUCAUUGACAGAGGAACAUAUGACAUCUAUGUAAAAGUAGAUGGCAUCAAUCGUUGUGUCGGUUCUUAUGAUAAUCGUGGGAGUUUUGGUGAGCUGGCCUUAAUGUACAAUACCCCAAGAGCAGCUACAAUCAUUGCUACCUCACCUGGUGCUUUAUGGGGUUUGGACAGAAUAAUGUUCCGGAGAAUCAUUGUGAAAAACAAUGCCAAAAAGAGGAAAAUGUACGAGUCAUUCAUUGAGACACUUCCAUUGCUGACAUCACUUGAACCCUCAGAAAGAAUGAAAGUUGUGGACGUAAUAGGAUCUAAAGUGUACAAAGAUGGAGAACAGAUCAUUGCUCAGGGAGAUUCAGCUGAUUGUUUUUACAUAGUGGAAUCUGGUGAAGUAAGAAUAACAAUGAGAAGGAGCAAGUCUAAAACAGGUGUGGAUGAAAGUGGAGAAGUGGAAAUAGCACGGUGCAGCAGAGGACAGUACUUUGGAGAACUGGCUCUGGUAACAAACAAGCCACGAGCUGCUUCAGCAUAUGCUGUAGGAAAUGUCAAAUGUUUAGUUAUGGAUGUUCAGGCAUUUGAAAGAUUGUUGGGUCCCUGUAUGGAAAUUAUGAAAAGGAACAUCGCAAACUAUGAAGAGCAGCUUGUUGCCAUGUUUGGAAGUAAUAUGGACAUUGCUGAUCCUAGCGCAUGAAAACGAAGCAAAAAGAACUAACGUGCAUCUUAUGGGAUGAAAAACAAAGCUGGUUCAAGAAAACUGUCAACUUUGUGUAGAUGCCAAGCAUUUCACUGACUUCUAUUUUUUAUUAUUUUACUCUAAGAAAUGCGAAACACUAAACAAUGGCAAUCUAGAUGUUAUUUUGAAAAACAUGUUGUUAUACUUCCAGGACUUAUGAGGGAAUGCCUUUUUUCUGGGUCUUAAGCCUCUUAUCCUUUAUUCCAGAUCUACAGUAUCAUUUGCUUUUAUUAUACGUAUUUGAUUGUAUCUUAACAUUGCAGUCUGAGUCUUUAAUUUUUAUUUUUGCUUUCCUGAAAAUUCACCUAUUUUCAUUGUUUCAUUCUUUCAGUUACCUACAAUUAAUUCAUUUUAAAUUGGCAUUCAAGUUAAGUGCACAUGUAAUGAUUAUUUGGUAAACGGUAAACUAGAGAAAUGUUUUACUUACAUUCUAUCUAGUCACAGAAAUAUAGGGUUAAAGAGUACUGUAGGUUAUAUAAAAAAUGAUUUUUUAGGGAAAAAAAUCAAAUCUAGUUCACUGUUGCUGGCAUUUUAUGACUCUUGCAUUCUCCAGUUAUUUUUGUGCUGUUUUAAACAAAGUCUUUUGAUGUAUGUUUUUUUUUUAUAAUUUCUAAUUCAUUUUGAAGAAAAUGAACAACUUAAUUAACAGAAAAUGAUGAAUGGUACUGCAGUUAAAAUGAUACAUGUGGUUAAUGUUAAUUUUAAACAUUCAGGUUUAUACUAGCUUUUAUGAUUGCUGUAUUGUUGUUUUAGAAAAUUAAUGAAUUCAAAAUAUGUUUUAAUUUAAUUGAAAUUUGAUAGGUUUUGCUCAAUUAUAAACCUUGAUAUAAUUAAUAUAUAGGUCCCAUCUAAAAAUUGAAAGCAAAUAACCUGUUAGGAACUUUUUAAAAGAUAACAGCAAUUUACUACUCUUAACAUGCUACUGGUUUUACAGUCAACAGUAAAGAAUCAACAGUCAACAGUAAAAGUAAAGAAAAGUCAGCUGGGACUGUGUAAAAGAUAUUGGAAAUCUGAUGUUAUGUUGUUCUUUCAAUUUUAGUUUUUUAGUUGGGCCUUUUCCAUGGACACUAUAGGUUUUGUUUCCACCCUCUUCAAUACCUUAGAAAAUAAUCUUUAACCAACAGCAUUCCUGUAUUCAUCUACCUAAUAUUAAACAUACUUGUUUGAAUUGUUA